UAAUUUAUUACAUACAUCAAUAUACCAGAGGUUCGAGGUAAAACACCUAAAUGCUAAAUAUGCUCAAAAGCCUUCUCUAAAGUGACAACUAGAGAACAUAUGUGUAAGAGGUAUAAAUAUAUUUUCACUAAAAAUAAGAUGUCUGAGGAUUGUUUGUAGUAGUUGCUCUCCUCAUAAAAUUACUUUAGAGUUCAAUAAGGGUAGAAGACUUUGUAAAAUAUGUAAAGAGGUAAAUUUUGAUAUUUAGUUAAAGGAAUCAGAUUCAAUAAAGUCUUUUGUUGAUUAAAAUCAUAUUGCUUAUGGUGUAGACACAAUUUCAAAAAAAUGGCUUGGAAAUGCUUUUAAUAAUUAGGAAUAUAAAACUGUGAGAGAUUCGACAAAACUUAAAAUGGAUCAAGUAGAAAUUAUUGGAUUAGAUAAUAUUAAUUAUUCUUUAAAAGAGUUCUAUUCACUAGUUGGAAAAGAUAAUGUAAAAUUACAAAAUGUUUGUAUGACUUUUUGUUCAAAGAAUCCAGAUAUAAGUUUUACAGCGGAAUUAGUAUGUUUAGCAAAUUUCAUAUUGUGCUUUUCAUCUGAAUCAUCUGCUUUUUAAUUACUGAAUAUUAUAUAUAGAUAAAAACCACCUGAGGAAUGUUUAAUAAGCAUAGUAACAUAUUGCGUAAAAGGAUUCAAUUUACCUGAGAAAGAUGUGUUGUUAAUGAGACAAUUUUUAGAAGCAAGAUUAAGGAGAUACUUACUCACAUUUUCAAUAAAUAUGUUUAAUUUUGAUACAACAUUCUUUUUGAUUUCAUAACUAAUAUAAAAAUAUGAUUACUUUAUUCGUGGAUUAACUUCUAUUUUUAUGAUUGCAAGCCCAAAUCUUUCUAAUUCUACACAUGAUGAAUUAGAAAUUUAUAUCUUAAGAAAUGUUAGAGGUAAUGAAGUAGAAAAGAAAUUAAAAACUAUGUAAUAACCUUAACCAAAAUAAGACUCAGAUAAUAAAGAUCGAACACAAUCAAUGUUAAGUUUAGCUUUUUCAACUUUGGAAUAAUAAGAUUCAACCUAAAUUAAUGAAUUAAAAGCAGAAAUUGCUAAUCUUAAAUUAUAAUUUGCAUUAAAAGAAAAUGAACUAGAGAGUUAUAAAUUUUAGUUAUCUCAAAUUCAAUUACCUGAUGAAAAAUUGAAAGAUAAAUUUUUAUAAUAAAAAAGUGAUGAAAUUGCAAUAUUAAUAUCUAAAAUAGAUGAAUUAACACUUGAAAAUUAAUAGUAUUAAAAAAAAGAACGUACAAACUAGGAUUUCUAAUAAAUGUUUUCAUAAAAUUAAAAAGUAAUAGAAGAAAAAUAAAAAUUAAUUGAAAAGUAUAAAGCCAAACUAAAAGAGAGUUCUUUAGAUAAUAAUAGAACUAUGUCAUUAUCAUUAGCUGGGGGAAAUUUAGGUAUUUUAUCUGGAAAGGAAGUUUAAGAAUUAAAACAAAGUUUUGAAGAUGAAAAAUAACUUUUAUUGGAUUAAAUAAAAUAAUUAGAAAAUAAUAAAGCACUUUUAUAAAAAAGUUUAGAUGCAUAAAAAAACCUUAAUAAAAGGGUAAUUGAUUAUAUAAGUUCAAUGACUUUGAAUAAUAAAUUAAUUGAAUUAUAAACAAAGACUCCUGAAGAGAAAGGAAAAAGUUAUACAGAUGAGAUUAGUAACUUAAUAGAUAUUAAGAAUAAAUAAACAUAAAUGCUGACUAGACUACAGAAUACAAACUUGUAGUAGAUUGAAGAGCUUAAAAUUAAAAUUAAGAAUUUGAAAUGAAUUGAUUGUGAUAAUAAUUAAACAAUAAUUAAAAUGUAAAAGAG